GUGAGCCGUCGAGAAAUGUCGCUUCGACGGUGACGUCAAUGGUUGGCAUCCGAAUCCUGGUUGGCAGAUUUGAUUAUAGGUGUUUGACGCAAAAAUACAGCGACCAACAAACAGGAACGUAAAACGAUCACUCACUCCUGAAAUCAUGGGCCUAAUGCCUGUAAGCUUAACAGAAGAAGAGGAAACCCUACAAAGAAAGUUUGCAAAGUUAAAGAAAAAGAAGAAAGCUCUACUUGCUCUCAAAAAACAAACAUCAACUAACCAGACCAGUCAGGCUGGUAUCAAAAGAUCCCUCUCAGACCAGCCUGUAGUCGACACAGCUACAGCCACAGAACAAGCCAAGAUGUUGGUAAAGACUGGCGCUAUUAGUGCUAUAAAGUCAGGGACCAAGAACAGCGGCUUCAAACGCUCUCGCACUCUGGAGGGUAAACUUAAGGAUCCUGAUAAAGGUCCGGCUCCGAGCUUCCAGCCUUUCCAGCGUAGUGUCUCUGUGGAUGAAGAACAGGCUGAGAGUUCCAGACGUACUCAGAGAAAGUCCUUAUAUGAGAGCUUUGUCAGCUCGAGCGAGCGGAUACGAGAACCUGAACAAGAGGAGCGAGAGAGUGAAAGAGAAGCGAGACGUAGCAGUGACAGAGAACCAUUCGAUCGAGAACGUGGGAGAGAAAGAGACCGUGACAGGGAGAGAGAGCGGGAGCGAGACCGUAGUGACAGAGAUCGAGACCGAGACAGAGAACGGGACAGAGAACGAGACAGGGAGAGAGACAGAGAUGGCUUCUAUCGAAGAUCAGAUUCUUUCCCUGAACGUCGCGCCCCUAGAAAGGGAAACACUGUGUACGUUCACGGCAUGGGGAUGACUCAGACAAUGCUUCGUGAAGCCUUCUCUAAAUUUGGAAGCAUCAUAGAUCUUUCCAUGGACUCUCCAAGGAACUGCGCCUUUGUCACCUUUGAGAAGAUGGAGUCAGCUGACCAGGCAAUUACAGAGCUUAAUAACAUGCUGAUAGAAGAAAUCCCAGUGAAAGUCAGUAUUGCCAGAAAACAGCCCAUGUUGGAUGCAGCCACUGGGAAAUCCAUAUGGGGAUCUCUAGCUGUCCAAAACAGUACAAAAGGUUCUCACCGAGAUAAGAGGUCUCAGGUCAUCUACUCAGAAGAUUUCUUAAGUGAGAACGCACCACCUAGUAGCGGCAAGAACCCGGGUUAACGAGGGCAAAGAGACCCUCACAGUGUAGAAAUAUAGGUGUGAUACGGAUGUAAUAAUAAAUCUUGUUUCAAUGGUGCGUAGGUGUCUCAGAACAUGACCAUCGCCUAGUCUGGCAACCGGGAGACUCCUUUGUUCUACUAAUCAAACGUAUUUGUGAAGCUGUACAUUUUGUUUAGCCGUCGUCUUCAGGACUUUAUGGAAAUUCAGCAACGGUAUAAUUUUUUGCCAUAACUCGCCAGUGUUUUAUAUUUUAGUUACAAUUUAAACCAAACGUAUAAAAAAAAUGCUUGGUAAACGCUAUAUGGGUAAAGUUAGUUAAAGGGACGUUCAACUCAAAAUAAAAUCCCACAUAAAAUGUUUUCUUAAGCAGAGUAAUAAAAAUACAAUGUGUAUUCAUUAUUUAUUUUUAA